GUUGACCGCUUAGUGGCCAGGGAUUGAGAAAUUUCACAAGGCAAACGCCCUCUGUUGUGCAAUUGAGACGUGGAAUUCGUGUCGUCUGCUAGUGUGGCAACAUAAGUGAAGUUUGCCGUUAUACUUCAAAUUUCCCAUCACAUGAGGAUAUAUUCAAAAUGACUUCAUCAGCAGACGUGGCGCAAAACAAGAAUGCAAAAGAUUACGAAUUACUUUUUACCACUACAGUCACCGGCGUAAUACCUAUCCACAAAUAUAAAACGAAAAAGUCGUCAAUAAAAUUGAUCAUCGCAGAGGUCGACGGGCCAGUAGUGAAUGGGUACUUUGUUUUGGCUACAGAAGCACGUGAUGAUGAUGGUCUCCCUCAUACUUUGGAUCACCUCAUUUUUCUGGGAUCUAAAUCAUACCCCUACAAAGGCAUGCUUGACAUUCUGGCUAAUCGUUGCUUGGCUUCAGGAACAAAUGCUUGGACUGAUGUUGACCAUACCUGUUAUACUAUGACAACAGCUGGUAGUGAAGGCUUCUUGGCACUCUUACCUAUUUAUGUGGACCAUAUCCUUAAUCCUCUGCUCAUGGAUUCUGGCUUCGUUACUGAAGUGCAUCAUGUUAAUGGUGAUGGGGAAGAUUCUGGUGUAGUAUACUGUGAAAUGCAACUAGGAUGUGAAAACACUGGUGAAACCAGAGUACUUCAUAAUGCAAUGCUAAGAGCUAUCUACCCUGGUCAUUAUGGGUAAAAAUCAGUCACAAGUGGCCUUCUAAAAAAUCUCAGGGAAAGUUCAACCAUAGAGAAGGUUCGCAACUACCACAAGGUUUUUUACUCAACAGAGAACUUGGUCCUGGUCAUCACUGGUCGCGUGGAAGCCUCACAAAUUUUUAAGGCUUUAGAGCCCGUUGAAGAUACUAUUAUUGCAAAAUACAAAAACAGCCAAAUACCAUUUAGCCGGCCAUGGCAAAGUGCAGUCCCACCCCUCAUGGAAUCUAUCGAUCAACUCAUACCUUAUCCGUGCGAAGAGGAAGAAAAGGGCAUGGUAUGGCUAGCAUGGAGAGGACCCUCUUGUGUAUAUCAGCUCUACGAAACGUGUGCUCUGAUGAUGCUUAUGGAAUACCUUACCGACACGGCCGUCAGCCCAUUGCAAAAGACCUUUGUCGAAACAUCUGACCCGUUGGCAAGCAAAGUAGGCUAUUCUUUCAUCGAGAACUCCGAAUCAGUCGUCUAUUUGGCGUUUGAAAACGUGCCUAUCAACAAACUGGGCGAAAUUCAACCUAAGUUAUUUAGUGUUAUGGAACCAUACGGGAAUGGCAGUGAACCUUUGGACAUGAAACGUAUGCAGUUGGUGAUUAAAAGAAGGAUGCUAGAACAAUUGAGUCAUCUCGAGAAUAACCCUCAUGACACUGUUGCUUUCAUGGCUGUAGGUGACAUUCUCUAUGGUCGAAGCCACGAAGAUUUUCGCCGCCGCGUAAAUCCUAUGGAAGAUCUAAAAGCAUUAGCGAAAGAAAGCCCUUGUUUUUGGAACGACCUAAUUCUGCGCUAUAUACUCGGUCGUGCCUGCGUUUUGACUCAAGGCAUGCCUUCCAAGAAGGAAAUGGAAGCGUACACUACUCAGGAGUUGGAACGAUUAGAAACGCAACGAAAUAGUCUAGGAAGUGAAGGACUAGCUGAUAAGGCGGAUGAGCUUGCUGCCGCUUUGGAGCACAACGAUCGCCAAGCUCCUGUGGAUCUCAUCAUGUCCGUUCCUAUUCCGGACAUUAAUUCUAUUAGUUACCAUUCGAUUCAACGAUACUGCAAUCGUGGAGAAACAUCAGGGUGUGACCGCUUCCCCGGCGAACUUGAACGAAUCCCAGUGCGAUUCCAGCUGGACGAUGUCAAAACUCAAUUCGUUUACCUUUACGCCCUGAUGGACACUUCGUUAGUUCCCAGUGAUCAGCGCCUUUACUUGCCCCUCCUGAUGAACUGUCUCCCAGAAUCUGCAAUAAUGCGCAAUGGAAAAUUAGUCUCAUAUGAGACUGUUGUAGCCCAGCUGAGUGGUGACACCGUUAAAACCCACGCUGCUUUGGGUGUGGACGCCUCUGACGCAGAUCACUUUUUCUGUGGCUCUUACUGCAACAUGGCCGUCCUGAUGCUUCAGCUUGAACAAGAUAAGUACAGUGACGGCAUUUGCUGGCUCAGCGAUUUUCUGCGGCAAACUGUUUUCACCGCAGAACGUAUGAAAGUUAUUGCCUCGAAAAUGGCUAACGAUGUCGCUCGCAUCAAACGUAAAGGAAACAAAAUGGCGUUGGCACUGAUUCGCAAUUUGGCCUUCGACGGGAAGAGCAAUCAUGCUCACUGUUCACUGAUCCGGCAACAACAUUUCCUCCACAAAUUAGUGGAAGAAUUGGGCCGUUCACCUGAGCGGAUCAUCCGCGCCUUGACGGACUUGCGAGAUGCCAUCACUAGCCCGAAUUGCCUCACUAUUCAUAUGGCAGCUGAAAUAGAGAGCCUUCCUGAUGAUGCCAUUUCGUUGUGGAAUACUCAUAUGUUUGCAGAUUGGCAAGCAACUCAAAGUGCCAACGGAGAUAGCGAUGGGCUGAUAAAUCUUGUUGCUGAUUACCAAUUACUGAAAGAGGUUUCGUCAGUUAGCCCAAUGGGUGCUGCACUUUGUCUUGGAGCGGUCGAAUCCUGCUUUCUCAUCCAGGCCGUCCGCAGCAUCGAUGACAUUCACCAUCCAGAUCUGGCCGCCGUUCUUGUCGCUUUGCAAUACCUCGGCCAACUUGAAGGACCUUUCUGGCGCAAUCUUCGUGCGCAAGGUCUAGUCUACGGAUAUAAUUUGAAUUUGAAAGUCAGUGAAGGCCUGCUCUACUUAUCGCUAUAUCGAGCUUCGCAACCCGUGGUGGCUUACAAAGAGGCCCGCAGCAUCCUUGAAAAUCAUGCCAGGAGUGACACUGAUGAUGUCUGGGAAUUGAGUCUGCUUGAAUCAGCAAGGAGCUCACUUAUUUUUGAAUUGGUAGAGCGGGAGAAGACUGUAGGAGACGCAGUGCACCAGUCUGUUCGCUCGUAUCUGUCCAAUGCACCAGCCGAUUACAACCGACAACUGAUCCACCGUGUUGCUACUGUUACUAUGGAACAAAUGCGACGAGCUUUUCGGCUGCAUCUCACUGCCCUACUGGAUACUGAACAUUGUCGAUGCUCUAUUAUUUGUCAUCCCUCGAAGCUCGAUGAAUUGGUAACAGGCAUUAACGCCUUGGGCCAACCAGUCCAAGGGUACACGUCAAUGGAAGAUUGUCCGUUGGGUCAAUCGUGCUAGAUUAAUCUUUUCUUUCAUCCUUUUGAAGGCAACUGUCUGUUCGCCCUUUCUAUUUCAUCCUGAGUCACUGAUUUUCCGUUUUUCUAGACCAUCUUUUGUGUGUGUGUGUGUGCGUGUCAGUGUAAUCGAGGAUCGAAAACAAACUUACUAGUUCUCAUUUUAUGGCAGACAAUACUUCGUGAUUUUCUUUAGUUCUGGUCUGAUUCGUUGCACCAAUAGAUUGCUAACGAGAUGAUGCGUAAGUUAA